GAAGCCCUUCAAGCAUUCGUUCGUGACGGGAUUCAUUCGACUAAUUCAGGGAGUCGGAGCAUCCUUGGUCCUUCCUGGAUACUUUUUCGUUAUAUGCGUCCAGUUUCCAGGAGAUAUUCCUACAUUAAUACCAAAGUUUGGCGCAAUUUUUAGCCUGGGAAUGGUGUUGUGGUCGUACAGCAGUGGAUUUCUUUUUGGUGCUCACGUCCUGAUGUUCCCGUUCCUGUGCGUCGGUUGCCUGCUCAUUAUCUGCUCGUUCUGGGCGCCAUACAUGCUUCCUCAAUACCGACAGAAACACGGUGGUUUCAAAAUCGGAAUCGGGAGCUUCCUCGCUGACGAAAGUGUUCUCAUGGACUUGGCGAUAAUGGCGAACGCAUUCCUGCUGUUCGUCAGCAACCGCAUGUCGCUUGCUGACGUCUUGCUGAAGGUCGGGCCCGUCAACGCCCACAGCCACACGCUGAUGGCGUUUUCCAGCCCGCUAUACAUUCUGGCCGCCAGCAUGUGGGCGCGAAUGAGGAUGACCAAGUUUAGAAUCCGUCUGAUGUCGCUACUGGGAGCCGGCGUGUCCCUAGCUGGUCUCAGUAUUGCAGCGUCCUUGGAGAAGCUCUCAGACGACCAGAGACAGCGCACGUGCGCAAUCGUCGCAAGCCAGGUUUUCAUAAUUGGAGGUUGCGGAGUGUCUUUUGUAUCAGCCUUUGUCCACUGUUAUCUGCAAAACACGAGGAAAAUUGGGGCAAGGUAUUCCCACAUUGUACUCUCGGGUGUAACAUGCACUGCCAUAUCCUUCGGCAACUUUGCCGGAAUAUUGUUUCACACGUAUAUUAUGGACGGUCUUCCGUAUGUACAGGGGAUUUAUUCAAUGCUACAGACGCAACUUGUCAUCUUCAUCCUUCUCUGUACUACGGCGUUCUACUGCAGUUUUCAACUUCGUGAUGUGGGGAGACUGGGAUACGUGAACCCAGAUGGCUCGCUACGGCUAUGACUGUGGAAGCGAUGUUUGCAGCUGUGUUUCUUUCCGAACACUGCACAUUAUUUUUUUCAGAAGUCUAACACCUACAUCUAGCGCUUUUCUUUUGUUUGACUGAUAAUAAAUGCCAUGAC